AUGGCGCGUCUCGGCUCGCUGACGUCUGGAGCCUCCGGUACUCAACAUGAGGGCGAAGGCGGCGUGCGCCGGGUGGCGCCCACGCAGGCAGAGUUGACGGCGCGAUUCCCCUUCGUCCGCGAUUGCCUGCCUGGGCAGUUGCUUCAGCUUCGCCUCGAGAACUGGAUGGCCUACACGGGGCCUGUCGAGGUCAAUUUUCUCACCGGCAUCAAUCUCCUGGCGGCUCCAAAUGGCGCAGGGAAGAGCAGCUUGCUGUGCGCGAUGGCUUUCGGGCUCGGCUACGACGUCUCGCACAUCUCACGUAGAGGCUCGCGGCUGCGCGACUUCAUCAAGGUCGGCUUCAGCACCUGCAGCGUCGCCUGCGUCCUUGUCGGACGGAGGCCUGGCGAGUUCGUCACCACCAAGCGCGAACUCAGGCUGUCCGGCGACCAGACGACCUCGACGUUUUACAUCAACGGCCGCGAGUGCGGAGUGGAGGCUCGCGCCGAGUUCCACAGGAAGCUGAAGCUCCAAGUCGACAACUUGAUCUGCUUCAUGCCCCAGGAACGCGUCCCCGAAUUCGCCACCAUGCGCCCAGAAGCGCUUUUCAUGGCGACGCUGCGGGCCAUCGACUUCGACCUCCACGAGGCCUACGUGGGGCUGCGAGACUGGGAAGCGAAGCGCGAGGAGACCGAAGCGCUGCUCACAGAGGGUCGCGCAGACCUGCUGGUGCUGUCGAGGGCCGUCGAGAAGCUGCGGCUGGAGCACGAGGAGCUCCAGCGCCUCCAAGGCUGCGAGAAGAAGCGCAUUCUCUGCGAAGGCAAAAUACUCCAGCUGCGCCUGUCCGCGGUACGGCAGAGCCGCAGCGAGCAGAUGCGCGGCCGCGAGAAGCUCGAGAAGAAGCUGGACAAGGCGAAAGCGGCUGUGGCGCGCGUCGACGAAAAGCUCCGCGCCGUGGAGGCGGUGCUGCGCAGGGUCACCCAGGACCGCGGCCGCCUCACCGCCAGGUGGAUUCGCGCCCAAGAGACUGUGGGCACGCAGCUGGAGGACUUCGUCGCAGACGCGAUGGCGGACGUGGAGAGACUUGAAUCCAAGAUCGCGGCGCUGCCGGAAAAGGCGCAGGAGUGGAAAGCGGAACGCGAGCGGCUAGAAAAAGAAUUCGCGGUUCGUCACACCGUUCUCGAGCGCGCGAGAGCGACAGAAGAAAAGGUUCGGCUGGAGGCUGAGCGCGAUAAGGCACACGUGGCGGCGCGCAUGCAAGAAAUUCAGGAUGUGGUCGCGGAGUGCAGCGCCCGACGCCGAGCGUUGCAGCAGGAGGCCGCAGAGGCCCGCCUCCGCCUCCAAACGCUCGAGAGCGAAGAGCAGGACUUGCACCGGCAGAUCGCGACGGAGAGGCGGAAAGAAGCGAUUCUUCGCGAGAAUCGCGAGGGCGCCGCGGUGAAGAAUCUGUUCCACUUUCUGGCUUCCGGCGGCGGCGACCGCGGCCGGCAGCAGAGCCUGCAGACAGCACUGCAGCUGCAGAGAGAGAAGAAGCUCCGGCACUCGUUCGGUCCCGUCGCACUCAUCACCAAGGUCAGGUCGGCGCGCUACCGGCCGUACGUGGAACAUCUUCUCCAGGCGCGUCUGGCCGCUUUUGUGUGCGUGGAUGAGGAAGAGAUGAAGCUCCUCUCGCGCCUGAGCUGCCACGGACUCCUACUCCGCGCUGACCUCCGCGGGCGCGUUCGACUCCCGACCGCGACGGCGCAGAUGAAGGCGAUGGGCGUCGAGUGUUUCAUCCACGAGCAGCUGGCCUUCGAGGCCGCGAGCGUCGAGGACGCCGCGGAAGGCGAGCGGGGGUGCGUGAAGGACGAAGGGGCGGGGGAGACGCGCGACGACGCGGCGCGGAGGCGGCGGCAGGAAGCCGUGGAGGCCGUGAUCCGCGAGACGGUUGUCUCCUUCACGAAUGCCAACAGCAUCUUCGUGGCGCGCGACUCGCUCACGCCGCAGGAAGAGCAGCGCAUGCAGCAGUUCAUGAAGGAUGAGCUUGCGCGCGUCUUCCAGUUCCCCGUGCGGAAGCUCGUUUACUUCAAGGGCAACGCUGUACACAGCGUGCAAAAGAGCAUCCACGACAACUUCUGGAUCGACGCAUGCGACGUCCUGCGAACGAGACUCCCCGCACACGCCCAACCCCCCGCCGCCAGUCGAGAGAAACAGGGCAGCGCCGGCGCGCCGGCUGCGGCCUCCACAGCUGCGACUGUCUCGUCUGCGGCACUGGCGCCGGCUUUCGCGGGCGUCCUCGACGUCGUCGCGGAAGGCGUGCCGCGCCGAGUUGGAGAGGGCGACAAGGAGGCGAGUGCCUGCCGACGCCGAGAGGAGGCCUUCGCGGCGCGGCGCGUGCAAAUUCUGCAGGAGCGCGAGCGGCAUGUGCAGAAGCUCGAGGAGCUGGAGACGGCCUGCGACAAUGUUACGCGGAGGCGCCAAAUGGCUGUCGCAGAGAGGCAGACGCUCAUCGAGAAGGACACGAAACUCGCGAAGGCCGCCCACGAUGUCGCCUUCGCCAAAGAGCUCUUCGAGGCCGUCGCGACCGAGAUCCGCGCACUCGACGCAAAGCGGCCGCCGCGCGGCGCCCUCCUCGCAGAGCAGCGGCGCCUGCAGCAGCGCAUUUGGGAUCGUCUCUCUGAGGCUCUUUGCAGCGAACAGGCUGCGGCGAAGAAGCUGCAUGCGCUGGCGGACAGCUGGCUGAAGAUGCGCGAAGAGGCGGCCAGCGUCGAGGGCUACCGCGAGGAGCUGCGCAAGUUGAAGGACGAGCGUCAGGCGCCUGCUCAAGAGGUGCUGAAGCUGGAGGCCGAGGUCUUUGAGCUUGCGGCGGCGAUUGCAGUCCUCGAGCGAGAGAUCGAGACGCGCGCGGACAGUUUUGAGCGAUGGAACGAAGAGGCCGCGCUGCUGUACAGAAACGUUUUCCUUUCGUUCGACGACUUCGAGGCCUCUGCCGCAGACCCUUCCCCCGCAAACCGCCGCUCGCGGCAGCGGAAGCGGCUCAGAGGCGGUGACGAGGCCGAGAGGAGCGAGAGCGAAGAGGAGACCGUAGAUCGUAAGCGGCCAAGGCGCUCCGAGGACGCCGAGAGCGACGAGGACCUCUUCCAAGAGCGCAGCAUCGAAGAAGAUGAAGAGCAGCGCAACACAGACUUCCGCGCCUUCCUGCGGAGAGUUAAGGAUGACCUGCGGCAGGCGAACUUGCCCGACGACGAAGCCGAGCUGAAGUCGCUCAUCGAUGCCUGCACGGAGGAGCUCGAGCGCAGCGGUGGAGGCAAUCGCCAGGCAUUCCGCGACUUCCGCGCAAAAGUCCAGGAGAAGAAAAAGAGGGAAACCGACGUCGCCAGACUCGAGGAGAAGGCAAAAAGCCAACAAGAGAAAAUUGACAAAGUCAAAGAAAGCUGGCAUCGCCGCAUCACGGAGAUCGUCAGCACAGUCAGUCGGCGCUUCGGCGUCUUCCUCAAGUUCAUCAACCCGGACGCCUCCGGCUACGUCGCCCUCCACGACCCUGCCGCGCCUUCAUCUUCUUCCGACGCCUCGGCUUCGGCCUCUUCGGGGGGAGGCGCCGCGCCGAGCGUCCGGGACUUGGAGCUGCGCAUCUGCGUCUCCUUUUACCGAGGGCAGCCGCCGCGCCCGCUCAACACGCGACACUCGGGCGGCGAGCGGUCGCUCUCCACUGUCCUCUAUCUCCUCGCAGUCCAGGCCUAUGCGCGCGAGGGAUUCCGCGUGCUCGACGAGAUUAACCAGGGGCUCGACGGCGAGAAGGAGAAGAAGCUCUUCGCGCUGCUCACGCGCGUCGCCCGCGGCUGGGAAGGGACAGACGAGGCCGUGGAGACGCGGCUGGCGGGCGCCGAGGAGUCGUCCGCGGCGCCUGCGCGGCCUGCGGGCGGCGGCGUUCAGUACAUUCUGCUGACGCCGCAACUCGUGAAAGGCACGGACUACUCAAGCAUCUCUGUUCACUUCCCCUUCAGCGGACUGCACCUGCAGCUGCGAAAGUGGCACGACGAGGGAGCCUUGUGCGCCGGUGCGGAGGCCGUGAGACGCCAAUCAGCUAAAAAGGAACGCGAGGAGCCGCGCGGGUACUGGCUAGACAAGGCAGCCGUCCACGCGGUGCGACAGAUUCUCCGGGAGGAAGACAGAAGGAAGGCCGAGGAGGAGGUGGCGAUGAAGAAGGCAGAGAGGAGCAAAGCGGGAUCCGCGCGGGGUGAUGAGCACUGA